UUGUUGAUUACGUCACCGGAAGUGACACUCGAGCUUCCGUGUAAGCGGUGUUUGCAAACUGAGCGUGUUUGAUAUUUUUGUUGUAUUUCCACCUAAAAUGCUCAAAAAGAAGUCAAGUGGCAGCGGAAAGAAAAGGAAAAACCCUCCGUCCGAGGAGCGGCAUCGAAGCACUAAGCGUAGAAGCGCCGAAAGCAACGUUGUGGACGAGCUUGCCGACCCGGAAUUGGACAGGGUCGGCAGUGACAUCGAGGAAGGGGGUCUCGACCUCGGGGUGCCGUUCAAGCCCAUCACCGCAUACGUCAGCGACAAGAGGGAAAUGCUGGAGCAGUGCUUCGGCGUGCUGGGCGAAAAGAAGCUCCGCAGGAUGCUGCCCGAGCAAUUCAAGGAUUGUGGCUUGGAGGAGAUCCGAAAAAUGUGCUGGGAGCAACUGGAACCAAUCUCAGAGAGAAACAUCAUGCAGAUCUUGUCUGGGAAGGAAGUGACUAAAGACGAAGACACAAGCCAACGUCCACAACAGGCCUUGGAGAAACAGAAAGACAACAGCGUGGAUUCCACAACAUCCAUCAAAGGGCCGGAAAAUACGAACAAACCCCAGCAAGAAGAAGCAUCCUGAUCCAGGAGAACAAGUCCGCAAGAUGAAUUUACGUGCGCGUCCUUACUUACCGUGCUACCCAAGUUAAGGUAUCGUGAUUUGAUGUGCUUUUUUGUGGUUGAGGAUGCUGAAUGUUUUUAAAUGGAAUGACAUGUUUUUGAUGUUUUGUUGUUUGUCAGAUUACAUUUUCAUGCCCAUGUAACAACUAAGAAUGUUCUGACUUGAACCCUGUUGAGAUUGUAACUUUAAAACAAUGUCGUUUGUCAAAUGCCCAGGAUGAAUCAUUUCAAGCUUCUUCCACCAUCAAUUUGACCUUGAACAUGCACAACUCAAUCGAAAGUUGUCGUUAGUCUUUUCGAUAAUAAUAAUGUGCUUCCACAAAUGUGCCCACUUACGUAUUACUAGUAUGUCGCUGCUAGGCUUUUGCUUGCUAGGCUUUUGCUAGAAAGCAAAAGCCUACUAGAACAACUUGAACUUUAUUUGGCCUUCAUCAGACGCUCUUUAAGUGGCAGCAGCCGUGUGCCGACUCAGUGCAAGUUUGAACGUGUGCCGGUCUAGAGAGGGUGUGCACACUUGUGCAACCCCAUCAUAUCUGCUGUUUAUUCUUUUUCAUUUUUUUUCUCCUUGAUUUGAGUUGUAAAGUUUCUAAGUAAUGGUGGAAAAGGUUCGGAAAUGAUUCACAAAAAUCUGGAAUUUGAACAGGGCAUGUGUAAACGUUUUAUAUCAUUGUGUGAUCGCGGCCUUGUCCAGUUAA